CAUCAUAUGAGUGAGAAUGGCCCAGUUGGGGCUUGUUAUCUGUCUGUUAAUGUUAGGUCUACACAGAAGGCCAUGAUCACAGCUGCAGAGUAUGGAGAAACGUCAUGGGAGCUAGCGGUGCAUGUGGAUCAAAAACAUGGAGAUGAGUCCAUGAAAUUUAAGAUGAGGGUGAAGGGAGACUUGCACAUUGGAGGCCUCAUGCUUAAGCUGGUGGAGAAGAUCAAGGCUCCUCAGGACUGGUCAGACCAUGCCCUGUGGUGGGAUCAGAGGAAAUGCUGGCUGCUCAAGACCCACUGGACUUUGGACAAGUAUGGAAUUCAGGCUGAUGCUGACCUACGCUACACACCCCAGCACAAACCUCUGUUGCUGCAGCUCCCCAAUAUGAAAACCGUCAAAAUGACUGUCAGCUUCUCCAGUGUGGUCUUCAAGGCAGUGUCGGAGAUCUGUCAAACACUCAACAUCAGAAGAUCAGAGGAACUGUCCCUGCUGAAGCCUCCAUAUGAUCCCUCCAAGAAGAAGAAGAAGAAAGACAAGAACUCAGCACAUGAUGACAUCUGGGACAUUGAUUUACUUAGCGGGGGACCAGGAGGCACAGGCCCCAUGUACAGUAAGACCAUGACAGCCACCUACGACCCAGAGAACGGGAUGCCGGUGUCUGCCACAAGCCUUUGGUUUGGAGAAAACCCUCUAGCUGAAUGCCAGCCAAAUCUGCCGCCUGCUGAGCUGGCCAAGAUGUACCAGCAGCUUUCACUUGUGGACAAAGCAAACAACAAUGCAGGGUGGUUGAACUCGUCUCGUUCUCUAAUGGAGCAAGACAUCCAAGAUGAAGAAAAGCUACUGCUGCGCUUCAAGUACAAUGUCUUCUUUGAUCUAAAUCCCAAAUAUGAUGCUGUCAGAAUAACACAGCUGUAUGAACAAGCUCGCUGGUCCAUCCUGCUCGAGGAGAUAGACUGCACUGAUGAGGAGAUGCUGAUGUUUGCUUCAUUACAGUAUCACAUCUGUAAACUGACCAUGUCAAGUGAACCACUGGACCAUUCCAAUGAACCAGAAAUAGAUGAAGUAGAGGCCGCUUUGUCCAACUUGGAGGUGACACUUGAAGGCGGACACACAGACAGAAUUCUGGAAGACAUUACAGACAUUCCAGAGCUCGCUGAUACCCUCCGACUGUUUAGGCCAAAAAGACUAACACUGCGGCCAUACAAAGAGUACUGGUUCGUUUUCAAGGACACCACCAUCUCCUACUACAAGAACAAGGAGGCCUCCAUUGGAGAACCCAUAGAGCAAUUUCACCUCCGAGGUUGCGAGGUGGUCCCUGAUGUCAACGUGACGGACAAGAAGUUUGGCAUCAAGCUCCUGCUCCCGGUUGCAGACGGGAUGAAUGAGGUGUACAUCCGAUGUGACAAUGAAACGCAGUACGCCAAGUGGAAAGCUGCAUGUAUCUUGGCCUCCAAGGGCAAAACAAUGGCCUACAGCUCCUACAAGUCAGAAGUGAAGAACAUCCAGUCCUUCCUGCAAAUGAAGAGCCUGGCACCCCCUCCUGGUCACGCAGCUCCAGACCUUGAUGCUAUGGAGAUGAAUGCCGAAUGUUUUGUUUCCACACGCUACGCCAAGAAGCACAAGACCAAACAGCUCACAGCACGUAUCCUGGAGGCCCAUCAGAACAUAGCAGGACUGUCUCUAAUGGAGGCCAAGAUGCGCUUUAUCCAGGCCUGGCAGUCGCUUCCAGAGUUUGGUAUCAACUACUACAUCGUCAGAUUCAAAGGCGGUAAGAAGGAUGAGAUUCUGGGAAUCUCAUACAACCGUAUGAUUCGUAUUGACAUGUCCUCCGGUCUGCCUGUCACCACAUGGAGGUUUGCCAACAUGAAGCAGUGGAACGUUAACUGGGAGAUUAGACAGGUGACCAUAGAGUUCGACCAGAACGUGUCAAUAGCCUUCUGCUGUUUGAGUUGUGACUGCAAGGUGGUCCACGAGUUCAUUGGCGGUUACAUCUUCCUCUCCACAAGAUCUAAAGACCAGAAUGAGACACUAGACGAAGAUCUGUUCCAUAAACUUACUGGGGGCCAAGAAUGAGCAAAGUUAUAAGCCUGUGCUUCUUAUAGUAAACCUGUUGUUUAUUUGCAUAUGUGUUACAAUGUGAAAGUACGCAAUCCUAUCUACUGUAUCAGCAUUAACCAUGAACACUGAGUAAAUCACUGCCAAAGAAAAUGUAAUGCCGUAUCACAGUCAGUGAAAUGUCUACAUUCUCAAUUACAGAACAACAUAUUUCUUGUUAUAGCAAUGUACCAUGCACUACAAAAAUGAUUUUGUCGAUGUAAAUAUGUUGUCAAAAUUUGUCAUUCUCUGAAAACUUGGAUGAACAGAUGUUUGUAAGAAUUUUUUUUAGGGGAAGAGAUGCCCUCAUCAACAGAACAAUGUUUGUAAAAAUCAUUAAAUCAUAAAAACUCUGAA